GGGGUAGGGGAGUUGGUGGGGGGGGAUGUUGCUGUGCGGUCGAAAGAAGCCGUGUCCCCCGCAGGACGUUUUGGCCUCACAGCAGCUGAACGGCCCGUAAAAAGCAGCGGCUCGGCUGGUUUGGGCCGUUUCUUUGGCGGUGUCACUGAAUGCAAAUCUGACGCCAGCGACAGUCUGCGAAGUGGGUUGUAGCCGGUUGUGAUGGAGGGAUUGCUGAAGCUCUGAAGAGAAGGAGUAACAAAGCUUAAUCAGAGUUCUGACAGAAAUGGUUUUCCCCUGGAAUUUCACUGGCGUUGAUAGAUCUGCAGAGAACAUCCAGAUUUAGACAACCUGCAAACUCGGAGAUAAACCUGUUUUGUCACAUUUUUCUUAGAUAUUCUAAGGUGCUAAAUGCAUAACUUGGCUUUGAAUAUGCAUAAUUUAAGAUACACCUGUUCAGCGUACAGAGCCGUGCAUGAGUCACUUCAUAUUCCAAGACUGGGAUAGUUGUUAUUUAUGAAAGCAUGAACAAGGAUCAAAGGUACAGAAGCAAAAUGUUUAUUUUGCAGUCAGUAGGUUAUAUUUCUUAAUCACUCUGGAAACACUGAUGGGUGGACCAAUGUAUUUUUACCAAUUUGUGUACCUCAGCAUUCUGUGUAUAGCUUGUUGCAGCCUGCCUGAAAGAGUUCUGGGAGAGCCACCUCGCAACCUACAAAUGGAAUCUCAGAAUUUUCAGCACAUUUUGUCUUGGCAGGCAAAAAGUGAUCCAACUGCGCUAACAUACUAUCGUGUACUGUACAGCGCUCGCAGGAACUGGAUGGCUGCUAAACAAUGUUCAAACAUUACACAACUCUCCUGUAAUCUGACAGAUGAUUUUGAAGAUGCUCAUGCUCAGUAUUUAGCAUUGGUUCAGAGCUUCGUAGGAACCAAAGUAUUCAAUUCUUCUGUACUUGAUUUUGAGCCACUUACUGACACAUUCCUGGGACCACCAGAAGUUAAUAUCAGUUCCUGUCUAAACUGCAUAAAUGUCACCAUAAAGUUGCCGGCCUGUCACUUAAGAAAAAAUGAAAAGCGAUGUUCUUUAAUUGAUAUAUAUAAAGAGCUUGAUUAUAUUAUAAAACUGAAAACACUCGAUGGAGAGCAUAAGCAGAGGCUACAGAAUAAAGUCACUGAAGAAAUUUUUAGUACUGUCAUUGAAGAGUUGUAUCCAAAUAGAAAUUACUGUGUGUCUGUUGUGGUUGCUGCAUCUUCAAACAGAAAUUCCAUCCCAUCAGCCUGGAAAUGUGUAACUACAGAUUCUGAAGCUCAACAAGAUUAUUAUACAGCUGCAAUUGCAGGCGCUGUAUGUUUUUCACUGAUCUUAGCUAGUGCCCUGAAGUGUAUGCACGCAGGAGGUUAUAUUCUUCAAAAAACCUCACUUCCACAAGCUUUGAUAUUCAUCGGGAAGUUAGCCUAUUCAACUUGGAGUCUGAAAUCUGAAGAGAUAGCCUCUGUAGAGGUUAUUUACAAAGAGGUUAAAAAAAAGGCAAAGGAUUCCAGUGGUGGCAUCAGUGAUGAAGAUGACAGCGAUGAGAGUGACAGCGAUGCCAUAAGUAAUCAUGACUACACGAGGCGUGAUAUCAUCAGUAGAGCACCUCAUUCCUCUGGUACACCACAUACAUUCGUGCAGUACUCUACAAAUAGUACAGGUGACAGCAGCAGCAGCAGCAGCCAGGCAAGUGAACAUCCAGACACUGACCCAGAAGAUUUUGAAGAGCACGAGAUGGACGUUGAAGAAGACAAAGACACAAGUAGUGAGUUACUUAAUCCUUUCUCCGAGGUAAACUGCAACUAUUCUUCUAGGCGAACGAGCAGUGCUUGCUUUACCAUUAACUUAAAAACUGUGCAGUUGGGAGCCUCUGAAGAGAACGUGGAUGGUUCUGCAGCACUACUUUCUUCCCGAGAAGAUGCAGUUGAGUGGCAGUGUACUCAUGCUUUUGGAGCAAAGCCCCUGGACGGCACCGAAAGUGUGCAGAAACCACUCUGUCCUAACAGCUCUCAGGAAUGGCAAAUUUCCUCUCAUUCUUCUGAUGAAAGUAACUCAUCAGAUUCAGAUAUGGACCAACAAACUGAAUACAUAAGAAGAUGAAUAAAUGAGGACCACUAUUAUUUUAUAACGUACAAAAUUAUAUUGUCCAACUUUAUUUCUGGACUCAAUGUACUUAUCUUGUCUUUUUAUUUUUUUUAACAUUCUGUGAAUAUGUACCCGAACGGUGAAAAUAUGCAACACUCAUUUUUAACAAAUAUUUCUCAGAUCUCUCCAGGUAUGAUUCAGGUUGGAUUAUCCACAGAGAAACAGAAAUGACAGUUCAGAUGCAGCAGAAAGAGUAGUUACUUCAUUUUGCAGUUUGACAGUAAAUUAUACCUAUUAGCUGUUACAAAGUAACUUAAACUCAAGUGAGAAGUUGGAUUGCAGUAGAGGGAAUUGUGAGUGACUGAAAGGACUCUGCUAUUAUUCUUUAGCUCUGUUGAUGGAUUACCCUGAGACCUGUUUUGCUGGAUGGAUUGCAAGUCAGUGAAUUGAUUUCUACAUUUUCAGAGAAAGCUGAGAAAGGGAAAUAAUGGGGGCAGAGAUAACAAUAUUCAACUGAGAGAAGAGUUCCCCUUACUGUGAAUCAAGACAUUAUGUAUACCUUUUUUUACUUUUUUAUAUAUAAUUUUGUGCAAUUAUUGAAUACUACACUUUUUAAAAAUCUUUGUAUGACAUUUCAAAGUGUACACUUAUACCUUAACAUUUCUGCUUCAUAAAGGCAAUUUUUUUCAUAUCCCA